AAACUACCCAGCGCGCUCUAGUGAACAAACUAUCGUCAACAAUAAGUGAAUAAUAAAAAUAAUGACAGUAUCAACUACAAGUCAAAUCAAUGUUAAAUUAAUUCUUUAUAUUUUAUACUACAUACAUAUUUACAAGAUAAAUAUAUAUUAUACAUAGCACAUAACUUAUUAUCUAUCAAUUGAUAAGUAUUUACAUUGACCAAUAUACCUCAAUUAUAUUUUAAUAAAACUAUUUUAGAGCUUAUUGUUUUGUUUGUACAUACGCUGUAUUAUUGUUGAAUUUGUUGUUUAAAAUGCCACCUAGUCGGCUGGACUCUGUUUACCGAAGAAUAUUGUUGACUAAAUUUUUCACUAAAGGUUGGGGCAAUCCUGAAAGUUUGAGAAGGAUUUUUGAAUUUAGAAAAGUUGUUGCUAAUCGAGAAGCUUGUUAUAAUCUUAUACCUCGAGACUAUCCAAUUACAAUAACCAAGGAUGAAGAAUGGUCUGACUGUCACAUAAUCGAAGGAAAUUUUGAAACACCAUUUGAACAACAUUUACCAAAUAUAAUGCCCGAGGAAACAAAAACAUCAUACUUUCAACUAAUACUACCUCUAAAGUGGACUUCUCACAAAAUAAAACCCGUCUGUUUGCAUCUUGCAGGAACUGGAGACCACUACUUUUGGCGCAGAAGGAAUCUAAUUGCUAAACCACUGCUAAAAGAAUCUGGAAUCGGAUCAUUAUUACUUGAAAAUCCAUUUUAUGGCUUGAGAAAACCUAAAGAUCAAAUUCGCUCCAAUUUGCUGAAUGUGUCGGAUAUUUUUAUCAUGGGAGGUUGUUUGAUGAUGGAGUGCAUCGUUCUGCUGAAUUGGUGCGAGCAAAAUGGAUUAGGACCCCUUGGCUUGACGGGGUUGUCUAUGGGUGGCCAUAUGGCUUCGCUAGCAGCUACAAAUUGGCCAAAACCAAUUUCGCUAGUUCCCUGCUUGUCUUGGUCCACAGCUUCUCCAGUUUUUACCCAAGGAGUGAUGGCUAAUUCGAUAAAUUGGUCCCUUUUACAGUCGCAAUAUUUUUCUGAUACUAUGUAUCAAAACGAUUUGGCUAAAAUGGUUAAAAUAAUUGAUCAAGAUGAUGCAUUCUUAGCCGGUCAACAUUUUGCGCAACAUUUUCCUGCGAGUGUAAGAAGGAUGUGCGAGCUUACAGACGAUCUUAAAAAUAAUUCGGAUAAAAAUCAAGACAAUAAUAUAAUAAAGCGCGCAAGUUUCGACGUAACAGAUGAAUCGGCAGCAGAUGAAAAAGCAGCUGCUAAAAUGUUUCCUCUGAAUCUUAUAUCAAACCGAUUUAAACCUUCAGAGCCUGAAUUAAUGGACGAUGUCUGUAUGCUGCCUGCCGAAAAAAAUAAUGGAACAGAUAAACGUCGCGAACAGGAAGCGCUCCAAUUUAUGCGUGGCAUAAUGGACGAGUGUACCCAUUUACGUAACUUCGAAGUACCUGUUGAUACUAAUUUAAUAAUAGCCGUCUGCGCUAAAGACGACGCUUAUGUUCCGCGUGACAAUUGCAUGAGCUUGGAAAAAAUUUGGCCUGGAGCUGAAGUCCGUUUUAUUAAUGCUGGCCAUGUUAGCGCUUAUUUGCUUCAUCAGAAACAAUUUAGAUCAACAAUAGCGGAAUCCUUUGACAGAUAUUCAAGGAAAUACUUGAAAAAUAGUUGACAAAAAAAUAUUUUUAAUGAAUUUUAAAAGAAAUUAUCUAUAUAUAUAUAUAAAUGAAUAUGUAUACAGAAUUAUUUUAUUGUACAAUUUUAAAAUGUUAAGCA